CUACAUCUCAUGGGUGAAAAUAACCCAAAUUAGUAUUUAUUAUUUAAUCUGUAGGAAAGUUAUAGAGUUCACAAACUAUGGGAUAUAUCUGAAAAUUGAUCAGUCCUGAAGUACUGACAGCCAAUCUAAUUUCUUGAGGCCCAAGAAUGUCAGAACAGUACAGAUAUCCCCCAAAUGACCCCUUUUUGCAAAGUAGACAGUCCAACGUAUUUCAUAACAGGCAUGGCGAGUUUUUUGAAGUUGUAAUUUUUUUGUCAUACUCUUUCGGAAAAUGAAGAAAAUUUUUUUUUACAUACUGUCACCA